AUGGAUCAAAGUGGAAGGGUAUGUGCUUCGUUUUCUAUUCCGCUCCUAGGGUCCACUAAAUCCUCGCAAAUCCCGAGUUGCGUCGCUCAGAUUUUGAUGACAUUACGGAUAAAUUCAGAUUAAAAUUUUUGCAGGAAUAUGCCAGGUUCUUAGGUUGUGCUUUGCAGAAACAAUCGAAAUUUUUAGGUCGAAAACUUCAAAAAUCGACCUAAAUAUUUCAAUGGUUUCUGCAAACGGCAAGCUAGAAAUCUCGCAUGUGCAUCAUUUUUUUACGAACUCAUCAUCACCAAAUCACAAGUGUUAUACACCGGUAAAAAGCUCUUGAAAAGUAGUACUAGAAACUACUCCAAAUUUUUGCAGAAAGCCUCAGGGCAAAAAGUUAUGAACCCUAUACGGAAAGGUAUUCUGCAAAAAUUUAAAAUGGGCUUUAGUACUACUUCUCAAGAGCUUUCCAACGGUGUACAAGACUUGUCAUUUAGCGAUGGUCAGUUUGUACAAUCCCUAGUUAGAAAAUUCACGUCUUAAUUUAUCCCAAAUUUUAUAUCAAAAUCGGUCAAUCGCAAAACGUUUGAGCCAAUUUCAAAUUUUCAUUCCAAAUCAUUUGGCUUUCCCAACAGAAAAUUAAUUUCUGUUUACAAAUAAAAAGACAAACGAAAGGUGAAGGAAUGAGCGAUAACAAUAAAAGCGGGGCUUCCCAUUAAUAUUACUUUUUAUUUAUUUUCGCUUUUUAGAUGUUCGAUUCCACUGAUGAUAUCAUGAUGACCUCCAACAUGACAUAUGUUAUUGGCAAUGCAUCCGUGAGUUCGGCUUUGAUUUUUAUUGCUUUUUGGUGGGAAAGGGAUUUUUUGAGAGAUUUUUUGGGCGAAAUAGAGCACAAUUGUGGGCCUCCAUGAAAAUAUAGGGACUUUUCUGGUCCUUAAGUUCCUAAAAGCGCCGGUUUGUUUCAAUAUCUCAUUAAUAAUGAUGACUUUUACCAAUAAUAUUCAUUUUUUCGCCAAAAAAAACACUCCCUAUCAUCUUUUACAUCCGAAUUCAGCCGUUCCAGUAAAAUUUUCUUCAAUUUUUAUUACUGUAACAAACAUUUUUCCAAUUUUUUAGCCAAAAAAUCAUUUCUGGGCUAUCAACUUUCAUGUUUCUCUCAAAUUCCCUCUCGUUCCAAACAUGUUAGCAUAGCAAAAAAUCACAUGUCAAAAGAGAUUUGGAAAGAAGAAACGUUCCAGUUAUAUCAUCUCUGUGCCACAAAAAGACCUUGGGCCCUGAGGGGUUAAAGUUGGAAAAAGCCCAAUUUUUUUCGAUUUUUUGUCCGUAGGAAACGUUUGCUGGCAUUCUUUUUGUUGUUAUGACUUUGGGAUGGGUCCAAGAUUUAGUACAGCUUUGAUUUGUGGGAUUUAUCGGGAUCUAAGGUUUUCGUGGUAGGACCCAAAAUUGAAAAAAAGUCCUGUAAUUGUGUUAAACAAUUAUUAUGACACUUGUAAAAUAUUGUGGGAUCAUUGCCAAGAUUUGAAAAUUUAUUUUUGCGACGAAAAAAUCAACUUUGUUUCGCAAAAUCAUCAAUUUUCCGACAAAAAAUUAAAAUUUUCGCAAACUUUGAUUAAAAAGCCCAUAAAAACCUUUGUUUUUUCAGGAUUUGGCCAAUUUCUGCGAUUUGGACUCCAGUCUAAUCGAAUUGGACAUCAGCAAUCACAAUUCGGGUAACUUUUUUUUAUUAUCCAUGAUAUUUCUCCCAAUUUUUUUCAUUUUUUCGCUCCCAUUCUUUUUUGAGCUCUCACAAACCACGCUCCCACUCUCCAUUCUAUUCAAAUUACACGCUGAUUUACAACUCGCAUCUUUUGAUCCGCUGCACAUGUGUAAUUUACGACCAUUCGCUGCAAUUUUCGUCCAUUUUCCGCUGCUUUUUUCUCCCAAAUCCAUCAAAAAACAGAUUUAGUUCGAAAAAAUCUCGAGUACUCGUAACAAUCGGUCAUUCUUUUGGGGGAACCGAAACGUUAUUUAUGCAUGGAGUGGAGCAAAAACAAACAAAUUCUCAAGUAGCACCAGAAAACCGAGGGAUUUUUUUACUUUUUGAAGGCUUUUGAGGAAAAAUGGCGCGGUUUAUGCGAUUUUUAGACGACCUAGCUAAAGUACAGGGGGUAAAAGAGCUAUAAAAAACAUAUAGGAGUUACCAAGUACCGUAUUUUACCAAAAAAAUCCUUUUUCUGCCAUUUCUUGCGGAAAAUUGUAAAAAAUCUCAUUAUUUCGAGAUUUUGAACAAUUUUCUGACCAACCUUGCCUUUUAAAACAGUCUAGCUAGGCUCUUCACUAUCUGAGCUACAUUCUAAAGUCCAUUCCCCAGUCUAAUAAACCCUGAUUUCAGUGAACUCGUCGAUUGUUCUUGAAAGACCCACCCUGGAUCCCUCAUUGUUGCCAAUAAUCGGCGACGACGAGCUCGAAACCCCGGUUGCAUACAAUAGAAACCUUGCCGAAUCACUACGGCAGAAAGAGGAAGCAAUGUUGAAGCAAAAAGAGGCGGAAAAGAAGUCGCCGAGCAAGCCCAGACAGCCGUUAUAUCCGGUAAGUCAUCAAAUUUUUCGGAUUUUUGCGAUUUUAGGGCAAACAUGUUGAUUUUACGCAAAAAAAAACUUGUAGUUUUCUAAUCAAAACAUACUUCAGAGUAAAAUACGUUGUACCUGCAAGAAAUAUUAAUUUUUGUAACAAAAAAUGUGAAAAAAAGGCUCUCGACCACGGCAGGAUUCGAACCUACAAUCUUCGGUUCCGUAGACCGACGCGUUAUCCAUUGCGCCACGCGGCCACAGUUCGAUUCCUCUUUGUUAUCAAGUCUUUUCCUUUGUUUUGAGAAAAGAUCGGCAAAAAGUGACCCAAACUUGAAACAAAGUCUCACAUAAUUCAAGUCAUUGUGCUAAUCAGAAUCUCAACCAUAGAAAAAAUAAUAAUAAUCAAUUCUAGGGCCCUCCAAAGAAUGCCGAAGUCAAGCCAGUCCAACCGAAGCCAAAGAAAAUGUCAAAACACGAGGAGAUCAUGUUGAGGAUAAAGCAAAGUAUCGCCGAAGAGAAGAAGACACCAAAAAAGGAGAUCAAAUCGAAAUUGGCGGAAACCUUGAAGAGUGCGCCCACUCCGAAAGCCGUUAGUCGAGGUAAGCCACCAAUAUCACAAAAAUUUCCUUCUCAGAACCCAGCGCCUUAAAGUCCAAAAAUCUCAAUGCCUCUAUACCGGUGAACAAUCGAGUAUUGGCCAGCAAACUACGAGUCCAAGCGGGCGGAACGCCAAUCAAGCCAAGAUGCCCUCCAGCGAAUUCUGCGGGUGCUGGAGUCGCGAAAUUCCGGAAUCUCCCGGCAAAAGAUGCGCCAAUUCAGACCAAAAAGUCCGUUUCUUCACACAAUUUGAAUAGCAAUUCGAACAAUUCUACUCAAUUGAAACGACAAUCACAACCAGUCCCAAUCACAAGGCCUACAGUAGAGAUCGAUGCGGAAAAAUUGCAAACUCCGGAGGAUUUUCACACCGAAUUUGAGCGGAUCAAGACGAUAACGUUGAGAAAUGCCCGAGGAUUCGACCAAGUCGCCAAAUUGUUCGAUCUAAUGGCCGGACAAGUAAGUUUACCAUAUAAUAAUAGCAAAAUUAUAUCGAAUAGGACUUAUACACAACAAUUAGAGGCCUAGAUCCAUUAUUUGGACUUUAUUUUCCCAAAAAAAGAUCUAUUUGCUAAAAUGGCAAUAAAGUUAGAUUAAUGGGGCCUAAAAUUGUUGGUUUACCAUUGAAAACGAAGUGGUAAACUUCAAUUUUCUCCAAGUUUGAGGGAAAAUGAGAUUCCUGAAGCGAUAUUUGAGCUGUAAACUUUGUUUUUGCAAGGUAAAAUAAAGAUUUUUUGAACCUUUAAGAUAAAUUAUCUAUCUCAAACUAACAUAAUAAGGCUUUUAGUAGCGAUAUCUAACCAAAAAAAGUUGUUUUAGACAUGAAUUCGACAAAAAUUAUAUUGCACAUGGCACCAAUUCCCAAUUAUGCCCCAAAUUUUCCUAAUUUUCACUCAGAAUGCUCAUAAUACCCUUCAUAGCGAGAUAGCACUCUUAUUCCUCAAUUUUAGCUAGCAGAACAUCAAAAAUCCAACGCCCGAAUCAGCGAAGAACUAAAUUCGGCAAACAAGGCAAACGAAAACUUGAAAAAAUGCAUGGACGAGUUCAUGGAGCAAAACCAGCGAGCUGUCGAGGAAUGUAAGUAAAUUUUGUGCAAUUUACUUGCUAGUUUUUUCUUCUCCAACAUUAUUCUUGACGUCUUUCGGGCUUUGUGGCAUUUUAGAGGUAAACUAUCCAAAAAAAAAUGGACGUGGGUGCCAAAAAAAGUUAAAACUGACCUUAUCCUAGCUUAACACCCUCUAAAGCUUGGACCAUGCAGUCUAAUUGACCCAUUUUGACUGCUGUUUCGCAUUUCUUACCCUAAAAAUCAAAGAAAACACAAAAAAUUGUGAUCUUACCUUGUUUUAUUCAUGAAAUUUUUGAAUUCCUUGGUAUUCUCGUUGAUAUUCUGCUAAACCUUGAAAACCUCAUGAACAAAUUGUAUUUCCAACCAGGUAGAUCGAGAAAACCGACAAGAUCUGUUGAAAAAAUUAUUUUUCUUGGGAAACGAAACAGCUGACCCAGAAUUGGAACCUUGAGUCAAGUUUUUCUCUCUUAUUACGGUAAGAGGUUCAAAUUCUCGGAAGUCAAAAUAAGUGCCAUACAGCUCUCAAACAACGCUUUUUUUCGAGUAUUUGUCAGAUUUCGCAUCCCAGGGAUCUAAUUUAGACAUUUAUUUCCAUCAAGUAUAACAUAAAUAAAAAAAAAAUAUAUUUUAAAAUACGAAUUCGUCGCUAGGUAACUGUCAAAUCACCGUCGAAAAGAACCUGAUUUCCUCAGAUUUCGAUUAGAUUCGGCUUAUGGGUUCCCAUCGCUUUGAUUCAUCGGGCGUUUCCAUCCUGAACGCCUCUCAUUUUACCAUAAAAAAACAGGCGUAAUAGAAAAGGUUAUGCAACAUUACCUGCCUUUUGAUCUGUAAGCCGUCUGGUUUCGGCCUGUGUAACGUAUUUUUGGAAAGGUGUUUGAACUCUAGAUAUUACUUUUGCCAUUUUUAAACAUUUUUUUGUCCUGCGGAUUUGAAGAUACCUGGUGUUUUCAAAUCGAUUAUUACAGUAUUCAAAGCCUUUCCCGAAUCUCCGAAUUUACCUUGAGGGCACUUUCCGAAAGCCUCUUUAAGAAUUUCGCGAAAUUUCCCCAUGAAAUUUCGGUUAGACCCCGCAGGGCGUGGAUCAGAUAAGAUGCGCGAAAAAAGUCGAGAUUUCCCUAAAACACAAUAAAAAUGGAAAUAAUGGAAUAAAGAAGCGUCAACGGCUCUUCAUUUCGUCUUUUUUUGGCAGGUCCGGUCGGGUUUCGGAGUUAGAAGUAGUUUUGAGUUUGAGGGUACCUCAGAAGUCAAGGUUUUGAAGAGAUCUUUACGCCGGGAGCUUUAGGUUUAAUUUUUAUGGUCAAAACGGAGUUUGCGGAUAUUUUAACCGGUGUAUUUUACAUCGAAAUAAUUUAAAACGACGUAUUUUACCUGUGCUCCCCUAAAGUUCCCUUUAUUUCCCUAAAAAUCAUCUUUUUUCCUGGUAUUUCGAUACUUAAUACGCCUCUCGCGAUGAUGUGCGAAAUCUGGGUUGAUUGGGCAUUAAAUGACCAAGAAAGGGGUGAUCUUUAUGACCGUCGUAAAAUAGUCACACUUCCAUUUUAAUUAACCGUAUUCUCCCACUUUUUACUGCUCUGAAAUAGGCAAUAAAUGAUAGAAGUUUUUGCGUUGUGCAGAAAAUUUUAUUUUAAAAAGUUUGUGUUAAAAAUGGAAGCCGACUUGUAAGAAACUGUAUUUCUAAAAGACUAAAUAUUUUGUUGUAAAGGUAUUUAAUUGCCUAAGGUUAUCUACGUGAAAUCCCUCGAAACUUUGACGUCGAUUCAGCGUUAUCUCCGAAACAUGCCAUAAAAUCGCGUUUUUUUUGAGUUUCAGUAAUUUCAAGUGUCGGAAGCGCCAAAAAAUCUGGGUUUAUUUGCCUCUAGAUGUUUAUUGAUUGGGCGAUUUUAUUUUCUGGGGAGAAAUUGGGGAUUUUUUUACAAAAACAAUAGGUCUGGUGAGUUCCAUGAAGUACGUAAACUCUUGGACAAGGGGUCUAGAAAUUUUUGGUGACCACUCUUUAUUUUAGUACAGGGUGUUUCAACAAAUAUUGCAGGAUAUACCAGACAUAACAAGCCUAAUUUCAUCCAUAGUUAUGAUGUCUGGGCUUUGUAAUGAGAUAUAAUUUGAAAAAAAAGACGUCGAAUGUCUCCGCCGAAAAAUAGUCUGUCCGCCGGCGUGAGAAAAAAUCCCUUUGCAUAUUCUAAAUUCGCUAAACUUCAGAUUUUAUAAUCAAUUUAAGCUUCCUGAAUACCUGCAAAGAGCACAAAGAUAUUCGCAAAAAACUUUCUGCAAUAUUUCUUGAAACACCCUGUAUUGCAGUCUAAUUUUUAUACAUACAUCGAACUCAACGGGUUAAUUUUUUGGUCCGUCGCGAUGCGUUUUACAGAGGUUUGUUUGUAGUAUAAUACUUGAUGAAAUCCAAUAUGCCCUACAAAAGUUUCAAUAGUUAUUUUUCGCGUGACAUUUUUUGAUGACUAAAAUAAUAUCCGUUUUUUUUCCAGAAGUUGACAUUUUUGGUCAAAAAAUCUCAAAAAUUCAAAUAACCCAUUGUCUUCCCAUAGCAUGUUCGUCAAGCCGCAAAUUGCCUUAAACUUGAACAAGAAGGCAGUUGGGAUCUAUGCCACCUCCAUGCUGCUGAUGGGCGCCGCCCUGGUGGGCUCGGUGUCAUGUUUUACGCACUCGGAAUGCCACAAAACCCAAGUCUUGCCUUUCUUUUCUUGCAUCGGAGCUGUUGUUGUGUUUGGAAUGACAUUCGCGAUUUUUACAGUGAACAAAAAUGCCGAGCAGCAGCUGCAGGAGAAGGUGGAGUAUUACGAGGAAAAGGUAGGGCGGUUUAUAUUAUAAUAAAUAAUGUGUACUAAUAUGUACGUCUGUUCACAAAGUCGUUGUAGUUAUUUUAGCGACAUGCACUAUGCGAAAACAAAGGCUUAUUUUGAAUUGUGCAAUUUCUUGCUUUUUGCACCGUGCAAUAGGCUUUUCGGGCUAUUGCUCGCAUCCUGAAUUUUUCUGCACAGUGCAAACGCCAAAAAUUACUACUGGUGUUUCCAUAAAGUGCGUGGACGUUUUUCGAUGUAUUUUUCUUCAUUUUACGCUGUGCAAUUGUUGUCGCGCGGCCAAAAUAAAGGCUUGAAAAAAAGCUUACCUCACGGCAACUUUUGAAUUGCACAUUGCAAAAGUGAAAAAGUGCUGUUCAAAAAAGCGUUCCAUAAAGUGCGUAGACUUUUUUUUGAGGCGCACGGUGAAUUUUUCUUUUUUUGCACAGUGCAAAAAGCUUUGCGACUAAAAGUCUACGCACUUUGUGGAACGACUACUGGUUUGUUCAUAAAGUCGCUGAAGUGAUUUUUGGCGCUUUUACUGUGCAAAAAAGUCGGAAAACUGCACAGUGCAAAGUGAACUGUUGUUUUUGCCCAGUGCAAUCGCCAAAAAUUACUCCAGUGACUUACAAACAAAAUAUUACAAAAAUGACUUGAAAAUAUCAUCAUUUUCAGCUGUCAGCACAAAAAGAUCAGCUUGAGGCUCGUGUAGCGUUGCUGGAAAAGCAACUGGCCGAAGAAAAAGAGGCCAAUCAAGUGACUCCAGUGGUCGCUUCGAACAAAGAAAACGUUUGCAAUGGCAAUUGCGAGAACGAAAUCGCCAGUCUCAACUAUGCUUUGGGACUGCAAAAAGAGAUUACAAAGACAAUUCGCAGUGAGAAAUGCGACCUAGAGCUCAAGUUGGAUGAUAUGCAAGUGCUGCGGAGCCAGUUGAGCUCCACAAAGAGUCAGUUGGACAGGGUCAACCAUGCGUUGGAGCAGCAGAAAUUGUAUAGCAAGUAAGCCGUUGCUGAUGAGAAAAAACGUAGCGAUUUUCAAUUAAAAAAUAAUCAAUGAAUAUCAAAUUUUUAUAGAGACCUAUUGAAUGAGUUCAACAAGUUGAACACGCGUGUAACAACCGCCGAGAGAGAAAAGAUUGAAUGCCAACAAAAGUAUGAUAUCUUGUUGUACAAGCUGGAGCAGCGUCAUCAAUUCGCAACCAGUGACCUGGCCACUUCAUUUGCGUCAUCGGACAGUGAACGGCCCAAGUCGGCUGAACAGAAGAGUCGUAAGUUUAUCCAAAGAAUUUCAAAAAAAGUACUAGUCCGUUCGCAAAAUCGAUGGAGUGAUUUUUGGCGUUUACAAUGUGCGAAAAAAGCCAGGGAUUUUUUUGGGCGAGUGACAGCCCAAAAAAUCUGUUGCACGGUGCAAAAAGCAUGAAAUUGCACAGUGCAAAGUGAACUUUUGUUUUCGCACAGUGCAUGUCGCCGAAAUGAUUCUGGCGACUUCCUGAACUGACUAGUAAAGCAGAAACUCUGUAAAACGUUUCGUCAGUGACUCAAAUAUUUAUUUUUUAUCAGUCUGUCGGGAAAAUAACGGCUGGUCGUCGCAGCAAAAUAUCUCACCGCUAACGCGUACCGAAUCCCCAGCCGCGGCUUGCUGUCGCAAAGCGUUGAUGGGUGAUUUCAAGGCAGAUCUCAAAAAUGUUCGUUCAGUCUGUCGGGAAAAUAAUGAACACCCUGUUGCAUCGCGAAUCGCAUUGCCGCCCAGAAAAUAAAUUUUGUCGCGGCAAAAUCAAAUUGCUUUUCACUUCAGUGACGCGAUCGGCGCAGCGACAUUAUAAUCAUUAUUUUCCCGACAGACUGAAAGAGAAAGCUUAUUUUAAGGAAGUUUGUUAUAAGAGGUUGUAUCAGAAUUUUUUAAUUUUCACGGUGGUGAAGGUUUCGUAUUUUAAAACUCGCUUAUUAUCUUUUUUUUCAGCCGGUGGAAUAAUGUCGACAUCCCGGCUUUUCUCCACUGUUGCCCGAAAGCACAAGCCCAAAGACAACGGCGACGAAAUUUUCGACGCUUCGGGGCUUGUUCAGUUCGAUGAGUCUAACGGAUAUGUGGAUGAAGGUCACUCCGAGAACGAGCAUUACACUGACAAUGAAUAUGAGUGUCACGAAAAUGGACAUGAGGUUGAAAAUAUCGAAGAAAUCCAGGAAAGAUUGUCCGAAAAUGACGUCAUAACUCCUGUUAAUGAAGUGGCCGAGCCAGUGCAGUAA